GGGGUUUAACGUGUGCGCGGUCGCGUAUUUUACCGCUUUCGGCUCUCUCUCUAGUUCGGAUUUAGUCAUUCUUCAAUGUAGUUGUACUCUACGUUGAACGAUUGAAUAGUAAAUACGUUUCGCGCCAUUUUUACGUACUGUUGUAGUGAAGGUGCCCUUAGCCAAUCUUCGUUUUUGAUUUGAUGUAGCUAAUAGUGAUUGUUGUUAGUGUUUGAAUUAGGUAGUCGUUUAACUGUAGUUAAUUAUAUUUCGAAAAGUGUUGCAAUAACUGUUAUUGUUGGUGUUGAUUUAGUGCGGUGUUUAAAGGUACCUUAUUUAGCACUGAAUGUUUAGUAUACGGGAUGUACUUAGUGAUAAUAAUAGGUGUUAGGAAAUAGCGUUUAUUCAAAAUGGAUUUUGGGGUGCUGACGAGACACGACAGGCACAAUCAUUGGUGCCGAUUUCCGAGGACGAAGUGCGCGUGUCCAGAGAGCACGAGUAAUUACGAAAGAUUGGAUGAGCGUAUUUUGGAGUUCCACUUGCUCCUACCUGAAGAUAAGGAUCUAACCAAUGAGAAGGAGGAGGAAUUACAGUUCUACAACGACGACGGUAGUUUCCAAAGUGUCGUGGUAGAGAGGAACCUGUGCACGAGUGAUUUGUGUCAGUUGUUAGCUCUGAAAAACAGAGUGGCAAAAAGUGUUAACUGGAGCGUCGUGGAACAUUGGGUCGAUUUGGGACUCGAAAGGCUACUAGAAGACCACGAAUAUGUCCUUUCCGCACACAGAGAUGUACAAAACUACUCCAGACACGCAGAUGUACGCUUCGUAUUUAGGAAAGAUUAUAGGAAAUAUGAAUUUUUUCAUCAUCCCCAUCAAUUUUUUCCACCCGACAUGAUUGAUUUAGACAGCUACGAGGAGCUAAACGGAAUCAACGUCAACCAUUCGGCCUCUCUUCAGAAUUUGGUAACGCAAGAAGGAAAGUGCCCGAUCAUAUUUUCGCAGGUCUGGUUACAAGAUCCCCAAAAACAGACGUGGGGAAAGGCCUUCUUGCUGCUACGCGAUAGGAAAUUGUACCUGUCUUAUAAAGUGCAGGUAUUAGCGAAAUUCCUAAGGACCGUUAAAUCGAAGGAAAGCUCGGUGAGUGAAUUAAUAAUUUUAAAAGUUGACGCAAUCGAUAUUAACCGUCUUGGCGUUUUUUUGAUUAUUACUAUACACCAGUUUAUAUUAACUGUAAACAUUUUGUUUAUUCGUGCGGAACACAUUGAAACCAAAGUCAAGGUUACGCCGUUGACUCACGUUACACCUUUGUAGAUACACAAUAAAACA